CAUCCUUUGCAAUAUCAAUUUACAAAACAAUACAUUGGUACGUAGCUAAUUAAAAAUGGAGUACUUGGUAACCAUGAUAAUGCUUUUGAGUUUUAUUAUUCCCCAGCAGCUAGUUGUUUCUCAGACCGACUACCAUCAUAUGCAGAUGGUACUUCAAUGGCCACCCACAUUCUGUGGGAAGAAUGGAAACUACUGCAAUGAUCCUUCUCUGAUGCAGUUCACCCUGCGCGGCCUUUGGCCUGCAAAUAGCACUGGACAUACUCUGAGCUGUUUUCCACCAACAACUAAUACUUACAGGUGGCCAAGUGACAAAGCGUUAGUGAGAGAUCUCCACACAUAUUGGUAUAGUUUGAUCCGUGGCCGUGCGGACUUUGCGGUAUGGAAGCAUGAAUGGGAAAAACAUGGCUAUUGUGCUAGUCAGACCAUAACAGAUACUGAAUACUUCAAGGGGGCAGUGAGGUUUUCCAAAGACCCUGUAAUUGACAAUAAUGCAGUUGUUAAAAAUUUGCGCUCUAAAGGAAUCACUCCUUCAAAUAGUCGUGUUUACAAAGAUACUGCCAUAAGAAAUCUUUUCCCCAACAAGAACAUCUAUAUUUCUUGUAAGAAAAAUGCUACCAAUCAUUUGUUCCUGCAUGAAAUAUACUUUUGCCUGGAUCCAAUGUUGGGGAAUUUCAUUCCCUGCCCGACAAGUCCACUCAAGAGAAGCUGUGGAUUUAGAAAAGGAUCAUUCAAUAUCAUCUUUCCGAUUCAGGCAAUCCUUAGUUAAUUAUAUUACUAUUAU